CCCACAUGAGGUGCCCCACGGCGACAAGACAUUGCCAAGUUCCCAUCACGAGUGUAAACAGACGUGACAGAGACGCCUGCAUUGACACACAUAAACAGUGGAUUUAUCGCACAGACCUCGCAAUUGCACCAUCCUCUCGUCGGCCACUCAUAGCAAGCCUUCAUCAUGCCAUUGAUCACGAGCACAGGCAAGCCGCGCAUCAUCCUGGGUACCAUGACUUUUGGUCCGGAUGAGAGCACUGGCGCCCGUGUCACAUCUUUGGAUGACUACAAGAGUGUGCUUGACCAUUUCCAGUCCAAAGGUUACAAUGAAAUCGACACCGCUAGAGUCUACAUCGGCGGCAAGCAGGAGGCGUGGACGAGAGAUGCAGGAUGGAAGGAACGUGGUCUUACCGUUGCAACUAAGUAUUACCCAGUUGAGGCUGGCGCACACCGAGCCGAGCUCGUCGAACAGACGCUGAACAAGUCCCUGGAAGAACUGGGUACUGAUUGCGUCGACAUCUUCUAUCUUCAUGCUGCUGACCGAAGCCUUCCUUUCACGGAGCCGUUAAAGAAAUUGGAUGAAUUGCACAAGAAAGGCAAGUUUGUGAGGCUCGGCCUAAGCAACUUCACUGCAUUCGAGGUCACCGAGAUUGUGAUGCACUGCAAGUACAACAACUGGGUCCGCCCGACGAUCUACCAGGGCAUGUACAAUGCUAUCCAGCGUAACAUUGAAACCGAACUCAUCCCGGUCUGUCGCCGAUUUGGCAUCGACAUUGUCGUGUAUAACCCUAUCGCAGGCGGCAUCCUCAGCGGCAAAUACAAGACAAGCGAGAUCCCUGCCGAGGGUCGCUACAGUAACGUGUCCUCUAUGCAAGGACAGCGAUACCGUGAGCGUUAUUUCAAGGAUGCCACCUUCGAUGCGCUGCGCGUCAUCGAGCCUGUGGUUGCGAAGCACAAUCUGACAUUGUUGGAAACCGCAUUCCGAUGGUUGCUUCACCAUUCGGAGCUCAAUAUCAAGUCGGGCGGUAAUGAUGGCUUGAUCAUCGGAGUUUCGAGUCAACAGCAACUCGAAUCAAACUUGGCGGACAUUGAAAAGGGCCCUCUGCCCGAGGAAGUGCUCAAAGUCUUGGACGAAGCCUGGGCAGUUGCAAAACCCACGGCUGCGAAUUAUUGGCACCUAGAUUUGAAGUACGGCUACGAUACCGUGAAGGAGCUCAACAAGUAAGUGUUUAGUCCCGAGCAUCGUCUCAGGCAGGGCCAUUUUGGAUGACUUGCGACGCAAUGGAAAUUGUUGUUGUGCCGCCUGGCCUUGGAUAGGAGAUAUAUCUGCGAAUAUUUCAUGCUCACGAUUCUCCUGUAGAGGUCGGUGGAAAAUGCGCAGUCAUUCAUCAAUCGCGUCGCGGCUCUCAUGAGAUUGAAUGUGAAGACACCCGUGGACUUUACCUUGUACUGUAGGAAACUGUGCAAAUGCAAAUGCAAAAUCGGAGCGCCUUCCGCUUUGAUGCCUCAGGCGAGGAACGACUGAAAUCCCUCGGUGGCCGGGGAUCUUCGGACUUCCCCGAGAGCAAGGCAAAUGGCGCACAAACGCC